AUGGCGGACGACGCCUCGGCAGCGGAAUCUACCUCCAUCACAUUCAGCGUCAAGGCAUCCAACGACGCCAAGUAUACCUUCACAUUGCCUGAUUCGACUACCGUCUCGGACUUGAAAGAGAAACUAUCGAGCUCUGAGUAUGCCGAUACACCUGCAGAGCGCCAGCGAUUGAUCUACUCUGGUCGAGUGCUUAAAGAUAACGAGACUCUUGCCUCGUACAAGAUCAAAGAUGGACACACCAUUCACCUAGUCAAGAGUGCAGCUAGCAAUCAACGACAGAACCCUCCCCCUCAGCCUGCCGGCACAGCUGCCGGCACGACACCCUCAGCCAUACCUGGAGUACCUACAAAUAUCGCGGCUGGCACUGGAAAUAACCCUUUGGCUGGCUUGACUGGAGCACGAUAUGCUGGCUUCGCACAGCUCCCUGGGGCUGGAAUGUUCGGGCCAGAUGGUGGCAUGGGACCUCCUCCAGAUCCAGACCAGAUGCUCAGCAUGCUUGAGAAUCCUCAAGUACAGGCUACCAUGAACGAAGCGCUCCAGAACCCCGCUCUUAUCGAUUUAAUGAUUCAACAAAAUCCAAUGUUGCGAGAGAUGGGCCCUGGUGUGCGCCAAAUGAUGCAAAGUCCUGAAUUCCGAAGAAUGCUGACUGAUCCUGCGGCGAUCCGCCAAAUGGCGCAAAUGCAGCGGGCUUUCGGCGGGGGUAUGGGCUUUGGAGGAGCUGGCAACACGGCGUUCCCCGCCCCUGGCGUCACAAACACUACUCCCGAGGAAAACCGUGGUCCACAGCAGGACGCCAACCAAACAAUUCCACCUGUCAAUCCAUUCGCCGCUGGUGCGAAUCCUUUCGCAGGUCUUUUUGGGAUGCCUCCUCAACCGCCAUCAACGACCGCGCAACAGAAUACUACCGCUGCCGAGUCGACCACGACUGGUGGACAGGCUACGACAGACUCUGCCACACAGAAUCAACAAGCACAGAAUCCAUUCGCCGCUCUUUUCAAUCCUGCGUUGCUCGGCACUCCUCCAGGCCAGACCGGCGCAGGUGGCGCUGCGCAGCCGAACUUCAACAACAUGUUCAACCCUCAGAAUAACCCAUUCAUGCGAGACCCUGCUUUGUUGCAAAACGUCAUGCAAGCCAUGAACGGAGGUAGUGCUGGCGCCGGCGCAGAGAACCCUUGGGCAGCCCUUUUUGGUGCCCCUCCAGUUGCUGCUUCCCCAGUAGACAACCGGCCCCCUGAGGAGCGUUAUGCAGAACAAUUGCGUCAGUUAAAUGACAUGGGUUUCUAUGACUUUGACCAGAACAUUGCAGCCCUACGAAGAAGCGGUGGUAGCGUUCAGGGAGCUGUGAACUUUCUCUUGGGUGGCUAA